AUGACGAGAGGAACGGAGGUUGUGAGCGCGCAGCUCGUUGUGGCGGUGGUAGCUGGGCUGCUGCUGUCGUCGUCGCCGGCGGUGGCGGUGGCGGUGGCGGAGGACGGCGUUGGUCUCUGGCGGCGUUCUCUCCACCAGCCGUUUUUCCCCAUCGAUUCCACGCCGCCGCCGGGGUUCGAUGACUCGAUCGUACCGCCUCCACCGCCGCCGCCGGUGGGGGCCGCGGCGGCGUCGGCGUCCAAGGGCGGCGGGCGGUCCGCGACCAGCCUCACCAACACCGUCGCGAUCGCGCUCGCCACGGGCCUCGUCGUGCUCGCGGUGGCGUUCUACUCGUGCUUCCUCCUGUGGCGCCGACGCUCCGACGGAGGCGGCGGCGGGGGCGGGGGCGGCGACGGCCUCCGCGCCGUAAAGUCGGCGCCGCCAGGCUCCGUCGCCGUGCGGGUCGCCAGCGACGUGGGGAGCAGCGCGCGGCACCAGCGGUCGCCGCCGCCGAGCUCGACGGCGUCCGACGCGAUAUACCUCGACCCGCUCACGACGAUGGUGGAGGUGAGCCGGCAUCGGCCGCCGAGCCCGGACCUCCGCCCGCUCGCGCUCGUGAAGCAGCCGAGCCCCGACCUCCGCCCGCUGCCGCCGCUGAAGCGGCCGGCGGCACAGCCCCCGCCUCCGCCAGCGUCCACGCCGCCGAUGACCACCACUGGGGAUUCCUCCGACGAGGAGGACCAGGCCACGUACUACACCGCGCCCAAGACCGCCAAGUCCUGGUUCAGCCGGAGCACGAGCCACCGCAGCACCCUGGAGCAAACAGUGGCUGUGGCUCAACCACCCGCGCCUGCUCCCGCGCCCACGCCGACGCCGACGCAAGCUAACCCCCCACGGCCUGCUCGUCCACCGCCGCCCCCACCGCCACCGAGGCAAAGGCUGCUGCGACCGAUGCCCGAGGAGUCCCCACCCCCGGCCGUCCUCGCCAGUUUGGCGCUAACCAAUUCCCCAGACCCCUCUGUUCAGGACAGGGGAGGCGAGAACCCGGAUGGCCAAGGCGGGAGAGCGCGGCCGCCGAAGCCACCAAGCCUGAAGCCGCUGCACUGGGACAAGCUCCGCGCCAUCUCCGGCCGCACCACAGUCUGGGACCAGGUCAACAGUUCCGACUCGUUCCGCGUGAACGAAGCGGCAAUGGAGAGCUUGUUCCUGAACAACUCCGGCGGCGCGGGGAACUCGGAUCAGGCGGCGAGGAGGGGAAGCGCCGGGAAGCAGGAGAACCGGCUGCUCGACCCGAAGCGGCUACAGAAUGUUGCGAUCAUGCUCAAGGUGCUCAAUGUGACAUCGGCUGAUGUGAUUGGAGCACUCAUGCACGGAAAUGGAGAUUUGGGGUCUGAGUUCUACGAAACACUAGCUAAGAUGGCACCGACCAAAGAAGAAGAACUGAAAUUGAAAGAUUAUAAUGGCGAUAUAACAAAGCUUGAUCCAGCAGAGCGCUUUCUGAAAGAUGUACUUGAUGUUCCUUUUGCCUUCAAAAGAGUAGACGCAAUGUUGUACAGAGCGAACUUUGGCACUGAAGUGAAUUAUUUAAAGAAAUCUUUUGGAACGCUAGAGGCAGCUUGUACAGAUUUAAGAAGCAGCAAGCUAUUCUUGAAGUUGCUAGAUGCAGUUCUCAAGACUGGGAACCGCAUGAACGAUGGAACUAAUCGAGGCGAGGCGAGGGCCUUCAAACUUGACACCCUUCUAAAGCUUGCAGACAUCAAGUCGACAGACGGAAAAACGACAGUGCUCCAUUUCGUAGUUCAAGAGAUCAUUCGAUCUGAAGGCUUCGGUUCUGAUCAAACAGCAGCAGUGAAUCCCGGUAGCACCAGUAAGGAACAGUUCAAGAAGGAUGGCCUGAAAGUGCUUGCAGGGCUCAGCUGUGAGCUCUCAAACGUGAAGAGUGCUGCCACUUUGGAGAUGGACACGCUGGUGGGCAGCGUCUCGAGGCUCGAAACCGACCUCGAGAAGGUGAAGCUGGUCUCUCAGCUCAACCAGGCAUAUCCCGGUCAGGUCUCAAGCGAGAAGUUCUUCGAGGCGAUUGACACGUUCCUCGGACAUGCUCAGGCGGAGAUUGAGACAGUGAAGGCAGCCGGGGAGAGCGCGCUGCAGCGUGUCAAGGAGACCACGGAGUACUUCCACGGCGACGCCAUCAAGGAGGAGCCUCACCCGCUGAGGAUCUUCAUGGUGGUGAGCGACUUCCUCGCGACGCUGGACCGCGUGUGCCGGGACGUCGGCAGGACGCCGGAGAGAGUGAUGAUGGGGUCCGGCAAGUCGUUCCGCGUCUCGGCCGGCACCACCCUGCCGCAGCGCCGGAACGAUCAGCGGAGGGAGCUCAGCUCCUCUGACGAGGACAGCUCCUCUGACUAG